CGAAGCUUUGGCGCCUUGUCCUCUGUGGGUUUCUCGCUUUACCUCGCCAGCAUGUAGGGUGAAUUGUUUGUUUAUGGUCUUUCUGUUUGUCACCCGCAACUGUUGCAUCAUGGACUUGGGUGCAACUCACCCACCAAUCAGUGAAAGUACCGGCCCUACAACAGCCCCGCUUUCGAACUCCAUACCUGGUACCUGAUCCAUACGCAGUACCUCCGUAAUCCGGACAACUACCAAGGAUGAACAGUUCAACAGAAAACCCCCACCGACUCUUCGCGAUACCGAUUGAUCCAGGCAUUAGCAGCGAAAUCAUUGCCCGACGGGUAACGAGACGCAAAUCCUUCAUUUUUGAGCGACACGCGGCAUUGUCCAACCAUGGCGACGCGCAACUUUAACACAAGCACUGCGCCACGCCAGUCGAUGGCCUCCUCUAGGGGCGCCGUGAAGGCGAGGCAGCUCGCCCAGCUUCAUUCGCAACUAACCCAGCUCUCCGCCAACCUGGCCGACAUGGAAAAUCUAUUGCGCAUGACGAGCGUGCAAGCAGAGUCCAUGCGAGGGCUGGGGAGCUGGCAUGCCGGAUUGUGAGCAUGCCGUCGAUCUUGGCUCGGCAUAAGUGUUAACUGGAAACAGGUUCAUGGCUGCCAGCAAAGUCCUCGGGGAAGAGUCCAUCCA